UUUCUUUGUCCUUUAGGGUUAGUGCCUGAGGAAUGUCACAUACAACCCAUUGGGGGGGGGUGUCAGUUUCUGCUUUGUCCUCAGCUUGCCUUCUGUUCCCUCAUCAUUCCUUUUGCUUAAAAUACCCUUCUCUGUUUAUCUAACUGCUACUUGUUUAAGAUCUUUCAAGCUCAAUCAUAACUUUCCUUGAAUCCCUAUUCCCUCACCAGACAGAAUUAGUUGCUUCUUCCUUAGCAUUUUGUUCAUACAAAAGAAACCCUCUCAUUGAUGCAGUCUGGACCCAGAGCCUAGUAAUAAAUUGAAAAAGUCAAUUAAACUGAAGUGUACACUUUAUAGGGAUGAAAUUGAUGGUAUAUAAAUUUUCUCUAAACUUGUUUUUUUUAAGUCAGUUUAACCAGAGAGUCAUGAUAAAAUGUAUUUAUUCUCUCAUAGAAACAGAAGUCCCAAAUCUAGGUGUUGUCAGGACCAUGUUCCCUUCAAAGCCUCUCAUUUUCCCUGCCUCUUCCAGCUUCUGGUGGCUCCAGGUGUUUGUUCCUUGGCUUGGAGCUGUGUGACUUGGGACUCUAUGUCUUCAUACUCAUAUGGUCUUCUUAAUGUGUGUCUGAGUUUCAGAUCUCCCUCUAACUUUCUGCUAUAAGAACACCUGUGUGGAAAUAAUGACCAACCAUAUGAGAAUAAGCAAAGAUUAUUUGUUCAGAGUUUACGUUGGCAAGGGAGUCAGCCACCAUCACUUGUGUGUUGGCAGGGUUGGAAAGCUUUAAUAGUGGAAAAAAGAGAAAUCAGGUAUACCCUGAUGGGAGGCUAUUGGCAUGGGGAAGCUGUAGGUAGGCUGACUAGAAGUGGGACAUCCUAUGUGAUUGGUUAAGAGUGUACAUUUUGGCUUCCUCUGAUUGGCCCCAAUUAGGGAAACUGUUAAUUAUUCAUCAAAUACUGGUCAUUUGGGGCCAAUUGUUACAGGACUUAUUGUUUGGCUUCUGGAAUUGUUAUUAGAGGUAGUAGUCUGGCUUCCUACAAGUCUGACAUAGAUAGCAGGAAUGGCUUCCUAGUCUGGUUACUGUAGAUAGUGGAUUGGUUUCCUGAAUUGGUUGCUGCAGGUUGUGGGUAAAAGUGCUGUAUUUAUAUAUGGUCUGGCCACUGUUUGCAUAGCCAGUCUCUUACCUCUCAGUGGAUUUAGGGUCCAGCCUAAAUCCAGGAUGAUCUCAUCUCAAGAUACUUAAUUACAUCUGCAAAGACUAUUUACAGGUUCUGGAGGUUAGGACAUGGACAUAUUGUGUGUGGGGGGGAGGCACCAUUCAACCUACUACAAGCUCCUCACGGUUUAGAAAUCAGGCUUACUUGUAGAGUAACAGAAGACCUUGCUUCUUACUGUUCUCGAUGAAACAAGCAGCAUCCUGAAACCUUAAUCUCAUUGCCUAGUCAAAGAAGAGAGUAAUGCCUAGUCCUAGCAGAUCCUAACACACAAGUAUAUAAUAGGCAUAAAGAAGGUGAACCAAAAAGGGAGAAAGAAACAAAGUAGAAUGUCAGGCAACAAAGAAAGGAAGAGUCAAGGAAUUCCUGAAGAAGCUCCGGUUAAGCAAGGCACGUCUUCAUUAACUGAUGCUGUAGAGCAAGUUGCAAAGCAACAACAAUCACAAACAUCAGAAAUAGAAAAAAACAAAAAAGUUCUGUUCCAUUUGCAGAAUGAACUCCAUGAGCUUGAAAAACAAAUAGCAUCUGUCUCUGCAGAAACUAAAGAAACAGAAAGGCAAAUUUAUCAGCAAGAUGCUGCCAUAGAGAAUGCCAAACUUCAGUGUGGGAACCUGGAAACUCAAAUCAAAUCCUUACAUACAGAAAAUGUAAAACUUAAAUUUGACAUAGAAGCAGCCCAAGAAGACUUUGAGGAACACAUGAUAAGAUAUAAUGAAUAUUAUGCAAAAAUAAAAGAGCAUAAAGAUAGUUUGGGGGAGGUAGAAAGCAAAUGGUCAUUCAUGAUUGCACUUCAUGAAAAACGAGAUCUUGUUAAAAAACUAAAAACAACGAAAGAAGAACUUAUGCAAAAUCUCCAAAAUCCAGAAAGAAAUCAUAUAAAACAAGUACAGGAAGACAUUACAAUGUUAAAGGAUAAAAUUAUAACUGUAGAAGAAUCUAUCACUGAAAAAACUUGUUUUCUCGAAGAAGAAGAAAAGACACAUGAAAAAUUAAGAAAAGAAAUAGAGGUGCAACAUAAGCGAUAUGGUGCAAUUCUUAAGCGUUUGCAUUGUCAGGUGAACAAGCUCCAGUCAAAUAAAAGACAAUGGCAAUGGAACAUUCACCAACUGGAAAAAACUGCAGCUGAACUAAGAAAACGCAUUGGAAUGAAAGAUUAACAUGGCCAAAGGGCAAUGUAGAACACAGACUAUGCCAAUAAAAAUGACAGGACAAAAGGUUAAGAAAAUUCUUUGGAUUCUUAACCAGCAUCCACUAACAGAGGUCUGUCUUAUUAACAGAUAUACUUUCUCUCUUUUUUUUUUUUUGAAUCAGUUAAUCUGUUUGCUAAAGUGCCUUCCAAGCCUGCAAUUGAUAGCAGUAGAUAGACAAUAGGAAUGCUUACAGAAGAAUAGUGGAAGACUCCGUAUAAAUAUUUUGAGUAUGUAAGAUAUAACUAUACUCAUGAAUGUCUGUUUAUAAACGUGUUGCCUUCACUAUCAUAUGAAGUAAAAAUGUAGAAGAAAAGAAACACAUAUAUAAUGAUUUGAAUUGUUAAGAUAUUUUAAAUGAUUCUGUUUCAGACUUUUUAUUAAAACUUGCCUUUUUACCACUGUCUUCACAGUAGUCCCUAAACAUUGACAUUUACAAUAAUGUUGUUGUAUGUUCAAUGUUUCAGGUAUCUUAUUUUUUCCUCUUAUUCAGAAGGUAGCAAUCAUUUUUUCUUUGUUAUUAGAUAACACAAUUUUAGAGUGUUGCAAGGCAUAAAAUUUUUUGUUUACUUUUCUGUCUUUAAAUUCUUUAGCACUAUUCUGUGACAAAAUUGAACUUAUAACAUCAUGUGAGGUAAAUACCAGCUCUUUAAAAAAAAAGAAUGUUAGGGGCGCCUGGGUGGCACAGCAGUUAAGCGACUGCCUUCGGCUCAGGGCGUGAUCCUGGCGUUAUGGGAUCGAGCCCCACAU